AUGGGGGUUCGGACCCCGGGGGUGCCCCCGGUCCAGGCUCGAUCCCGCGCUGCCGGAUGGGGAUUCGUCACCGGCUCUCGCGGAGCCGCGGGAAUCGCAUCUUCCCCUGCGCCGAUCCUCAACAUGGAAGACGACCAGAACUGGUACAAGGCCGAGCUUUUCGGUGCCGAAGGCUUCGUCCCCAAGAACUACAUCAGGGUGAAGCCUCACCCCUGGUACGUGGGCAGGAUCUCGCGGCAAGCGGCCGAGGAGCUGCUGCUGCGGCGCAAGCACCCCGGAGCCUUCCUCAUCCGCGAGAGCGAGAGCGCCCCGGGAGAGUUCUCCAUCUCCGUCAACUACGGGCAGCACGUGCAGCACUUCAAGGUGCUCCGGGAGCGCAAGGGCAAGUACUUCCUCUGGGAGGAGAAGUUCAACUCCCUCAACGAGCUCGUGGACUUCUACCGCACCACCACCAUCGCCAGGGAGCAGCAGAUCUUCCUCCGGGACGAGGAGCAGGAGAUGCUCUGAUUCCCGCAGGUGAGAAGACCCAAGUUUGUGCAAGCGCAGUUCGACUUCUGCAGCCACGAGAGCUCCCAGCUGCCCUUCCUCCGCGGGGACAUCAUCGAGGUGCUCGACUGCCCCGACCCCAACUGGUGGCAGGGGAAGAUCUACGGGCGCGUCGGCCUCUUCCCCCGCAACUACGUCCACCCCAUCCAUAAGUGA